AUGGAGUCCAUGCUGAAUAAAUUGAAGAGUACCGUUACAAAGGUAACGGCUGAUGUCACCAGUGCAGUCAUGGGAAAUCCUGUUACCAGGGAAUUUGAUGUUGGCCGACAUAUUGCCAGUGGUGGUAAUGGUCUUGCCUGGAAGAUAUUUAAUGGAACUAAAAAAUCGACAAAACAGGAAGUGGCUGUUUUCGUCUUCGAUAAGAAGCUAAUAGACAAGUAUCAAAAAUUUGAAAAGGAUCAGAUUAUUGAUUCUUUAAAACGAGGUGUUCAACAACUAACCAGGCUUCGACACCCUCGACUACUUACUGUUCAACAUCCGUUGGAAGAAUCCAGGGAUUGCUUGGCAUUUUGUACAGAACCAGUCUUUGCAAGUUUAGCUAAUGUUCUUGGCAGCUGGGACAACCUACCUUCUCCUUUACCAUCUGACAUUAAAGAAUACAAACUUUAUGAUGUGGAGACCAAAUAUGGUUUGCUUCAGGUUUCUGAAGGCUUGUCAUUUUUGCAUAGCAGUGUGAAAAUGGUCCAUGGAAAUAUUACUCCUGAAAAUAUAAUUUUGAAUAAGAGCGGGGCAUGGAAAAUUAUGGGCUUUGACUUUUGUAUCCAGUCAACAAAUCCAUCUGAACAGGAGCCAAAGUUCGCUUGUAAGGAAUGGGAUCCAAACUUGCCAUCCUUGUGUCUUCCAAAUCCUGAAUAUUUGGCACCAGAAUAUAUUCUCUCUGUGAGCUGUGAGACAGCCAGUGAUAUGUACUCUCUAGGAGCCGUUAUGUAUGCAGUGUUUAAUAAAGGGAAGCCAAUUUUUGAGGUCAACAAGCAGGAUAUUUAUAAAAGCUUUAGCAGACAGCUGGAUCAGCUGAGCCGUUUAAGCUCCAGUACUCUUCAGAGUAUACCAGAGGAGGUGCGUGAACAUGUGAAGCUACUCUUAAAUGUAGCUCCAGCAGUCAGACCAGACGCAGAUCAAAUGACCAAGAUACCAUUCUUCGAUGAUGUAGGAGCAAUGACGCUUCAGUAUUUUGAUUCAUUAUUUCAAAGGGAUAACCUUCAGAAAUCACAGUUUUUUAAAGGGCUACCAAAGGUUCUGCCAAAACUACCUAAGCGUGUUAUAAUUCAGCGAAUUUUGCCUUGUUUGACUUCUGAAUUUGUGAAUCCUGAUAUGGUACCCUUUGUCUUGCCUAAUGUUCUCCUAAUUGCUGAGGAAUGCACCAAAGAAGAAUAUAUCAAGCUCAUUCUACCUGAUCUCGGUCCUGUUUUUAAGCAGCAAGAACCAAUCCAGAUCUUGUUGAUCUUCCUGCAAAAAAUGGACUUGCUUCUAACCAAAACUCCCCCGGAUGAAAUAAAGAACAGUGUUCUGCCAAUGGUUUAUAGAGCCUUGGAAGCACCUUCAAUUCAGAUCCAGGAGCUUUGCCUAAACAUAAUUCCCACGUUUGCCAAUUUAAUAGAUUACCCAUCAAUGAAAAAUUCAUUAAUUCCAAGAAUUAAAAAUGCAUGUUUGCAAACUUCUUCUCUUGCUGUCCGGGUGAACUCACUAGUGUGCUUAGGCAAGAUUUUGGAGUACUUGGAUAAAUGGUUUGUGCUUGAUGAUAUUUUACCUUUUCUACAACAAAUUCCAUCCAGGGAACCUGCAGUGCUAAUGGGAAUUUUAGGUAUUUACAAAUGCACGUUUACUCAUAAGAAGUUGGGAAUUACCAAAGAACAGCUUGCGGGAAAAGUAUUGCCCCAUCUGAUUCCUCUUAGUAUUGAGAACAAUCUUAAUCUCAAUCAGUUCAAUUCUUUUAUUUGUGUUAUAAAAGAUAUGCUUAGUAGAUUGGAGGCAGAGCAUAAAACAAAACUUGAGCAACUUCAUGUCAUGCAAGAGCAACAGAAAUCUUUGGAUAUAGCUAACCAGAUGAGUGUGUCUGAAGAGGCAAGAUCUAGUAGUACAAGUAAUCAGAUUGACAAGGUAUUUAACUCUAGUGGAACUGACCUUCUAACUAGUGGAUCUGACAGUAAAGAGAAUGAGAUGUCAUCAAAACAGAAAAAGGCAUCACUUACACUAGAAGAGAAGCAAAAGUUAGCUAAAGAACAAGAACAGGCACAGAAACUGAAAAGCCAGCAACCGCUUAAGCCACAAGCAACUGCAGUAACACCUCCAGUGAAGCAGACAAGAGACUUGACGGAUACCUUGAUAGAUAAUAUGUCAUCUUUGACUAGCCAUUCUAUCAACAAAGCUAAAGUUGCAUCUUCAACCAGCUUCUCUGCUGUCCCUUCUAUGGUUGUUGGAAUGGGAUUUUCAUCACCUAUUGACAACACAAAGAGAAAUGUAACAAACGGACUAAAUACGAAUAUGGGUUUUCAGACUGCUGGAUUCGGUAUGGGAGCUGGUCCCACCACUCAGAAUUUCUUCAGUGGUCCAAGUGCAUCAGCAACAACAAAGAUGAGCAUUGUACCAACUGCCAAUAUGCCAAAUUACAGUCCUAUGAAUGCUGCAUCUGCAGUCUCUCCACUGACACAGCAAAACAAACCCCCAGAUAUGUCUGCUUUAGAUAAUCUUUUUGGUCCUCAAAAACCCAAAGUUAGUAUGAAACAGUUGGCUCAACAGAAAUCAAGCCAGUGGGUUAAUCAGUUUGUACCCCCGCAAGGGUCUCCAGGCACGAGCAGUUCAGUCUUGGCACCUCAGAUGAACAUGAUUGGACAACACAGCUUUGGUAUACAGGGUAAUCCUUUCUUUGCUCCUCAGAACUUUGCACAACCAGCAAACACAAUGACAAACAGCAGCUCAGCUAGUAAUGACUUAAAAGAUCUUUUUGGGUAAAAUGUCUUGUUUUCUUCUUUCAAAGAUCGAUGAAAUUUGGAUCAUGGAUAAGCUGAUUAACAUCUUUUUUUGCUUAGUAAAAGCGUGACUGGGGGAAACUUCCAACCCAGCAAGGUAAACACUUUUGUACUGGAAUAAAGAUGUGAUUUUGGCAGAAGACAUGGUACUGCAGUCGAAUUGUGUAAGUGCAAAGUCAUCUUACAUGCUAAAGAUUUCCUGUCUCUUUACUGAACAU